AUGGCGUUGCGAUGUUCAGGCAGCACGCCGCUGUUUCUGUCCUUUCUGUUUCCGUCGGUACAUGCAGCCCGCUGUGCUGGCCAUAGCGGGCGACGGGCUGCCGCAGCUGCAGUCACUUUUCCAGCAACGCGGCCGGUCACAUGCCGCCAAAGUCCACCACGGCGACACUACGGCUCUCAGACCACGCCACCGCCAGCGGAUGAGACGGCCGAGGCCGAGUUGCGAGAGGAAAUACCACAAGAAACACCGGUAGCAUACCCAGUGUCCCGUCUCAAUCCGGCGCCGGACGACUAUGCGGCCACGAGCUUCGCCGACAAGGCCACGCUGACGGUCCAUGCUGGGUCUGGCGGCGCCGGCUGCAUCUCGUUUCUGCGCGACAUGUUUCUUCCAGACGGCCCCGCGAACGGUGGCGACGGGGGCCACGGCGGAAAUGUGUACAUCCAGGCCGUGCCUGGAGAGACGUCGCUGCACAAGAUUGCAAGGCGUCGGGUCAUGCGAGCGGGUCGCGGCAAGCAUGGCCAGGGCAGUGCCCGCAACGGCCCGCGUGGCGACGACCUGAUUGUCACGGUCCCCGUCGGAACAGUUGUGACCGAAGCCAGCCGCAUCGACCCGGUGGCCGAAGAGGCCGUGUUGGCCCGAGAGCGACACUAUGCGCGCAAGCGCAAGCGACAGUUGGCCCAUGCGGCGAACCAGGCAGCCAUUGCUGCUGCCAAAGCAGCGGCCACCUCCGGCUUGGCGCUCGAGGAGGGUGAGGAGCCGCCCAAGUCCGAAGAGCAGCUACAGCUCGAACAGCAGCAGCAACAGGACGCGGACGAAGACGACGACGCGGAGAUGGAAUGGGUGCGCCGGAAAUGGCUUGUCUACCCUGGCUUGUCGUCGACUGAGGUGCGGAACAUCGAAUACCCGCGAUUGCCACGCCGGGACCGAUUUUUUGUGCAACCACCCGCGCCCAUCUACCUCGACCUCUCACGGCCGACCACGCAGCCGAUCCUGCUCGCGGCUGGCGGCAUUGGCGGCCUGGGCAACCCGCACUUUGUGUCGCGGCGCCUCCCACGGCCCAUGGUGGCGACACGGGGCGAGAACGCCGUGUCGCUGACCAUCCACCUCGAGCUGAAGCUGCUGGCCGACGUCGGUCUUGUUGGCCUGCCCAACGCCGGAAAGAGCACCCUUCUGCGGGCCGUCAGCAACAGCCGGGCGCGCGUUGGCUCCUGGGCUUUUACGACACUGCAGCCCAACAUCGGCACGGUCGUGCUCGACAACAACCGCGGCCGCCCCGUCGUGUCGAUGCGUCCAACAAAGAAAAAGGCCGUUGCCUCGACGCCCGACGGCGAAAUCCACACGGUAGCAGGCGACGAGGCGGAUGCGACGGUCGCCGUUCCGCCGCGCACGCGGUUUACCAUUGCUGACAUCCCCGGCCUGAUUGAGGGAGCCCAUCUCGACAAGGGCCUGGGGAUCGAGUUCCUGCGGCACGUCGAGCGCGCCGGUGUGCUUGCCUUUGUGGUCGACCUCGGCGCAGGCGAUGCAGUGGCAGCGCUCAAGGCCCUCUGGAAAGAGGUCGGACUCUACGCUCGUCUGCGCGCGGAAGAGGAAGAGCAGCGCGAGCGAGAAGCGCGCAUUGAAUGGGACGCCCAGCAGCCGCCCGCGCAGACCAUAUCCCACACCGUGGCCGACGGGCUGCGCACGAGCGCGAGCGCGCCCGCCGUGUCCCCUGAGCUGGCCAUUGCCGGCAAGCCGUGGUUUGUGGUCGCCACAAAAGGCGACCUGCCCAGCGCCGAGGCCAACUUUGGCAAGCUCAAGGACUACAUCGACCGCAUGGGCCGGGGCGAGGAGGAGCACCCCAGCGGCGUCGAGGGCGGCUGGACCAAGAACCUGGCCGCGAUCCCCGUCAGCGCCAUCAACGGCCACGGCGUCGAUCGCAUUGUCCACUGGACCGUCGGCCUGCUGGACCUGUAG